AUGGCUGAGGUACUCGGCAACGGCGACCUCCUCCACGUGAUCCUUCUCCGCCUCGGUUUCCCCACCUGCCUUGUCCGCGCCGCUGCCGUCUGCAGGCGCUGGCUCAGGCUCGCCUCUGACCCGGCCUUCGUCCGCCGCUUCCGCAAGCUCCACCCGCCCCACCUCCUCGGCUUCUACCUCGUCACCUACUGCGACCGCCCGUUCCCGCGAUUCGUGCCGCUGCCGCAGCACCCGGAGCUCGCCGCUGUCAUCCACCGCGGCAGCUUCGGACUGGGCCAGGAAGUGGUAUCGGACUGCAGCAGCGGCCACCUCGUUCUCUCCCUCAACAGCGGAUUUGCCGUGCGCCGCCCGCUUCAACCUGGGCGGGGCACAAUCGCCCUUCCAAAGCUACUGCCCCCUGCCGUACAAGGUUCCGACAGUGUCUACUCUCGAGAUGUGUUCCUCACAGUGGGCGAUGGCGGCAGUAUGUCAUACACCGCAGUGACCUUGAUGUGCAGCGGCCUUAGAUUAAAGGUUCAUAUAUCCAAGUUGCAAGGCGAAGCCUGGUGCGAUGGCCGUUCCUUUGACCUGAUAGAGCUGCCGCAACGCAGGGCCAGAUGGAACAAGUUAGGUUUGAUUGCCUGUGGAAAGUUGUACAUGUUUGGUCACCUUGCAGAUCCUAGUUGGCCUCCUGGGGUUUCUGUUCAUGUGGAUGUGGUCGGAGACAAUGCCAAAUUUGUGUUCUUGCGGAUACACAGUGAAGUCUUCUACAUGUGUAUGUGUACAAGGACAGUAAAGAAGGUAUAUGACCUAACACAGGACUACAGACAAACUUGGUACCUCUUUGGAGUGCAUCCUUUCAUGAUGGUUUGUGCUCCCACCUUCCCUGUGCUGAAGCAUGUACAUGACCAGGAGGAUUGA